CUGAAGACGAAGAGGAAAAGCGGGGUCACCAGCCGAGAUUGCACUGAUGGCAAGAGCGCGAAGUGUCAUCCUCCAACAGAAGAGUUGAACUCGCAGAGUAAUUUGUCCGAGGAAGAAGUCAGGGAGCAGAGCGAAAGAAGCAAGAAACUAAAGGUCAAAAAGAAGAAGAAGAGGGCGAAAAAAGACCAGGAGGAGAGUGAGUUCAGUAGCGAUGAGGCAAACAGACACGAGCAGAAUCAGAGCAGCAGUGACAACGAUGAUGCAAAGAAGAGGUCGAUAGAGACAAAACUACUACCAGAUGUUGUGCUAGUCAGUAACGGGCACGAUAAGAAAAAGAAAAGAGCAUCUUCUGUCAAGGACAUGGGAAAAGACAAGAAAAAGAAGGGAAAAGAUGAGGAGGAUACGACGGACCAGGACGAGGACUCCCCCAAGAAAAAGAAAAAGGAUAAGAAAGGCAAAAAAGGAGAUAGUGAUGACGAUAAAAAGGGCAAAAAGAAAAAAUCUAAAAUCCAAGACUAUGUGGAGAUAUACGAGAAUGAACUUAGAAAUUACAAAGAAGAUACCCAGGAAAACUAUGAGGAUGAGUACCACAAGAAAAAAGUGUAUGAGGUGGUCACCAUUACGGGAGAUGUGGCUGGAGCGGGCACAGACGCCAACGUGUUUGUUACUCUGUUUGGAGAGUACGGGAUCACACCAAAACUUCAUCUUGCCAGCAAGAGCCGAACCGCUUUUGAAAGGUGUAAAACGGAUGUUUUUCGCCUCAAAACGCAUAAUGUUGGUCCUCUGAAAAAGAUAAGAAUUGAACAUGAUAACACAGGUCUGAACGCCAGCUGGUUUCUGGACCGUGUGACCGUGACGGACAUGAACAGGCCACACUUGCGCUUCUACUUUGCCUGCAACAACUGGCUAAGUAAAGACGAGGGAGACCACCUCUUCAUCCGCGACAUGCUGGGUACCUCAGACCCCAUGGACAUGCCAAAAUACAACAAAUAUCUUAUAAGUGUGUUUACGGCGGACGUCAAGGGGAGUGGAACAGACGCAGAUGUCUUCAUCAAUAUCUUCGGAGAAUUCGGAGACACAGGGGAAAGGUGUCUGGACAAUGAUAGGAACAACUUUGAGAAAGGCACUGAAGACAAGUUUACCCUUGAAGCACCGAAUUUGGGGAAAAUACGUAAAAUCACAAUCGGACACAACAAUAAAGGAUCCUCAGCAGGCUGGUUUGUUGACAAGGUGGUCGUAGAUGAUAUGGGCAACAAAACCAUUUAUGAAUUCCCCCUGGGGCGCUGGUUCGCCAUCGACGAGGAUGACGGGAAGAUCCAGAGAGACGUUCUGGUAGGAGCGAGCCAGCCCACAGGGAUCAUGUACAAUGUCCAGAUUGUGACGGGAAACGUCCGUGGUGCUGGCACCAACUCGAAGGUGCACAUGGUCAUGCAUGGCUCCAAGGGCGUCAAGAACAGCGGGAAGGUGUUCCUGGAGGGCGGCAAGUUUGAGCGUGGGCUGACGGACAUCUUCAACGUGGAGAUUGCUGCGCUUCUCAGCCCUCUCAGCCGUGUCACCAUUGGCCAUGACAAUGGGGGUGUCAGUUCCGGAUGGUACUGUGAGAGGGUGGUAGUUUUUUGUCCUUUCACAGGCGUUGAGCAAACGUUUCCCUGCUGUAAAUGGCUGGAUGAAGACGAAGGAGAUGGUUUAAUCGAGAGAGAGCUCUAUGAGAUGGUCUCCCUUCGCCAAAAGAGACAGAAGAAACACCCAUGGUCACUGUGGAUUUGGACUUCCGAUUUGCCUGGAGCGGGGACAGAUGCCACAGUGUUUUUUCAGAUCUAUGGAGAGAAGGGGAAGUCGGAUGAGAUUAAGCUAGACAACAAGACGGAUAAUUUUGAACAGGGGCAGCUUGAUAAAUUCAUUGUGGAGUUGCCAGAUCUAGGAAAGCUAACGAAAGUACGACUUUGGCAUGAGAGACGGAAUCCUUUUGCUGGGUGGCAUUUGAAAAAGGUGUCCUUGAUGAAAACUUUGACUAAGGAGAUGUACGAGUUCCCCUGUGAGCGUUGGCUGGACACUAAUGAAGACGAUAACGAGGUUGUGCGAGAGCUUACUGCCAUGGGCGAUGAAAUAUCUGAACCACUGCCAAUGAUUAAAUACAGAGUAACAGUGUGCACGGGUGAUAUUGGUGGCAGUGGUACAGACGCCAGUGUUUUUCUCUGCCUCAUCGGAGACAUUGGUGACUCUGGGGAUCGGACUCUUAUCAACUGCAAGAAUAACAUCAACAAGUUUGAGAAGGGCAAUGCUGAUGAGUUCAUAAUAGAGUCCGUGUCACUGGGCCGAGUGAGGAGGGUAAGGAUCGGCCAUGACGGCCGUGGGGGCGGCUGUGGUUGGUUCCUGGAUAAGGUCUUGGUGAGGGAGGAGGGCAAGACAGAAAGCGAAGCUACGGUGUUCCCCUGCAACAGGUGGCUGGAUCGAGGUGAGGACGAUGGGCAGAUUGUUCGUGAGCUUGUUCCAUAUGCUGAUGGUCAGCGACUGUACAAUGUGAGUUAUCAGAUAGCUGUGAAGACUGGAGACAUCCCUGGUGCCAGCUCUGACUCCAAGGUGUUUGUGAAGCUCUACGGGGAGAAGGGGGACACAAGCAGGAUGAUGCUGGCAGUCUCCGACAAUAACUUACGGAACUACUUUGAGACGGGACGAGUUGAUAUCUUUACUGUGGACACAUUUGACAUCGGACAGAUAAACCGCUUGCUGAUUGGCCACAGCAACGAGGGCAUGCGUGCCGGCUGGUUCUUGGACAGCGUCCAGAUCAUGGUACCAGGCCACGGCUGGCAGUACAUGUUCCCCAGCCAUCGCUGGCUCAGUCAGGGCGAGGCCGACGGCAAGACAGAGGUGGAGAUCUAUCCUAGCGAAAUCCUGGAGCUGGAGAAAUUGAUAAACUAUGAAGUUACGGUUGUUACUGGUGACCUCUUCGCUGCUGGCACAAAUGCCAAUGUUUUUCUGCAGAUGUACGGAGAUGAGGGCAAAACAGAGUUGCUGACAUUGAAAAGCAGGUCCAAUAACUACGAGAGAGGGACAACAGAAAUCUUCAAGAUCCAGGCAGCGGAUGUGGGGAAGAUCUUUAAAAUUCGUAUCGGCCAUGACGGCACAGGGAUGGGCAGCGGAUGGUACCUGGAGAAAGUAGAUGUCAAGCGUCUGGUGAUGGGCAUGGCACCCAAGGAGAAGAAGGAGGACAAGAAGAAGAAGAAAAAGAAGAAGAAAGGAGAGGAGGAGGAUGAGGAGGAGGAGACCAUGGAGUUGCAGGAGGUUGUGCAGACAUACUCGUUCACCUGCGAUCGAUGGUUGGCCACAGAUGAGGAGGACGGGGAGAUUGUCAUCGAGCUGCUGCCUGAGGGAGCUGAGGACCUGGAAGACAAUACAUAUGAGGUCAGUGUGUUCACGGGCAAGAUGAUGGGAGCCGGUACGGACGCCAAUGUUUUUGUCAACAUCUACGGAGAGAAUGGAGACACAGGAGAACGCUUCCUUAGAAAGUCCAACUAUAUCAACAAGUUUGAAAGUGGACAGGAAGAUGUAUUCUCCAUCACAGCUGUGGACCUGGGUCCGCUGAAGAAAUUAAGAAUUCGUCACGAUGACACGGGUCCUAACUCCGCCUGGUACCUCGACAGAGUAGAGAUUGUGGACCUUAAAGAUGAGAUCACGUACUACUUCCCUUGCAACCGCUGGUUGGCCAUUGAUGAGGACGAUGGGCAGAUUGCCCGAGAGCUGGUGCCAGUGGACGAGGCCUUCAUGAAGAGGGACGAUGAUGAGGAGGGUGACGCUGCCAAACUUGGGCUAGAGCAGAAAGCCAUGUCAACAACUUAUACAAUGCGGGUCAAGACUGGAGAAAAGAAACAUGCUGGAACCGAUGCCAAUGUCUUUGCUAUAUUGUACGGGGAGAAGGAUGACACAGGUCUUAUCAACCUCAAAGCCUGCAAACUGCACAAGAACAAGUUUGAGCAGGGCAUGAUUGAGGAAUUCACUGUCGAGGCUGUUGACCUUGGGGAGCUAAGGAAGCUGCGGAUUGGCCACGACAACUCAGGCGGCUCAUCUGGCUGGUUCUUGGACUGGGUGGACAUCAACGCUCCGUCUCAGGGCCAGAGAAUACGGUUCCCCUGUGGCCGCUGGCUCGACCGAGGGGAGGACGACGGUGCCAUUGUGAGAGACCUGUACCCAGCAGAACUUCAGACAGAGUUCUAUGUCCCCUUUGUCCCAUAUGAGAUCAAAACGUUCACCAGUGACGUUUUUGCGGCGGGUACCGACGCAGAUGUCUUCAUUGUCCUCUAUGGGCGCAAUGGAGUGUGCACACAGCAGAAGCAUCUCUGUGUCAAUGAGAGAGAGCGACGCUUGUUCUUUGAGAGGGGAGCAGAAGAUAUGUUCAUUGUUGAGCUAGAAGAUAUCGGGGAUGUAAUUGAGAAGAUACGUAUCGGCCAUGACAACAGAGGAACAAACCCCGGAUGGCACCUCGAUAGAGUGGAGAUUCGUAGACUACUAAGGAAAGGAAAGGGCUCAGAAACGGUCAUCUUUCCGUGUGAGGGCUGGUUGGCGCGCUCCGAGGAAGAUGGCGAGACUGUACUGGAACUGGUGCCCUCUGACAUCAUCACGGAAACACUGAAAAGAGAUGGAACCCUGAAGGUCAACGAGGUUGAGGUGGACGACGCACUGGAGACCCAUCAGUACAAGGUGUCGGUCAGGACUGGUGACACAAGUGGAGCGGGAACAGAUGCUAACGUCUUCCUCACCGUCUACGGAGACCUGGGUGACACAGGGGAGCGAAAACUCAGGAAGUCUGAGACGAACAGUAACAAGUUUGAAAGAGGGGCGGUUGACAAGUUUACGAUUGAGGCGGUGGACCUUGGUCUGGUGUACAAGAUUAAGAUUCGCCAUGACAACUCCAUGCUGGGGGCAGACUGGUACCUGGACCAGGUGGAGGUGGUGGAUGAGGACACAGACGAAGUGUAUAUGUUCUUGUGUGAGCGAUGGCUCUCAACCAAGAAGGAGGACAAACGCAUCGAGAGGACGUUUUUUGUAAAGGGCUAUGAGGGAGAACGGAACCCCAAGAACAGUUCCAAAACCCCAACAAAGAGUGUGGACAAUAACAUGAACAAGAAGAAGAAGAAGAAGAAAGCUGCACCAGUAGAGGAGGGGCCAGUAAUUCCGUAUGACUUUACGGUGUCCACGGGGCUGGAUCGUGAUGCGAGCACUACUAGUCGUGUGUAUGUGAUCAUCAUGGGCCCGGGGGAUCUGGAAACUGAUAGGAUGUGGCUAGAUCUUCCUGAAGGAAAGAAGUGCUUCGCCUCUGGCAGCAUGGACCAUUUUCAGGCAUAUGGACUCGAUGUGGGGCAAAUUAAACGUGUGGAGCUAGGACAUAAUGGAGCGACACCGGAGAGCUGUUGGCUCGUGGAUGAGCUGGCUGUCGCCGUGCCAACCAAAGGGAUCAAAUAUAGCUUCCAGUGCAAGUGCUGGCUUGCCAAAGACCGUGGAGAUGGUUUAACAGCCAGGGUCUUCAACAUCCUUGAUGCCAUCAGCAUCAGUAUUAUACGUAAGGUGGUGUAUGAUGUAACUGUGGUCACAGGAGACACACAGGAUGCUGGGACUGACACCAAUAUCUUCAUUACAGUAUUUGGGGUCAACGGAUGCACUGAGGAAAUCUUACUCCCUAAGAUGGAGGACAGGUUUGAAAGAGGGCAGGAGGACACGUUCAGUCAAGAGAUCGAUGACAUUGCCCCUUUGAAGAAGAUGAGGGUACGUGUUGACGGCACAGGAAGUCGCCCUGACUGGUUCCUUGAUCAGAUUAUGAUGCGCAACACUGUAACUGAGGAGGUAUCAGUCUUCACCUAUGAGAACUGGCUAUCUAAAACCAAAGGCCCAAAAAGGACAACCGUGUGUGAAUUAGCAGCCGUAGUAGACGAGGAAGAGAUGGUGGAGAAGACAACCUAUAUUGUCACUGUCAAGACAAGUGACCUCUCAGGUGCUGGAACCGACGCUAAUGUAUCCCUGGUGAUAUUCGGAGAGAAUGGGGACACUGGUACACUGGCCCUGAAAGAAAGCAGCAACAGGAACAAAUUUGAGCGGAAACAGGUGGACGUCUUCCGAUUCGCAGACAUCUUCAGUUUAGGGGAGUUGUCAAAAGUCCGCGUUUGGCAUGACAACAAGGGACCUGCUGCAGGUUGGCAUCUGGAGUUUAUCGACAUAAAGGAUGAGCUGAUGGGUGAGACGUUCCGCUUUCCCUGUGACCGGUGGCUAGCCAAGAACGAGGACGACGGCCAAAUCAUGCGGGAGAUGGCAUGUGCCAACAAUGACAAUUUGGACCUCAGUGACAAAACUAAAUAUAUAAUCGCCACAACAACAGCCAGCUCCGAUGAUGCGGACACAAAGGAGAACGUCUGGAUCAUCCUUGAAGGGAGGAAGGGGCGCUCCAAAGAGCUCAUGAUGGAAAACAAGAAAAAGAAGUUCCAACGUGGUGCCACAGACACAUUUGAGUUCUCCUCCAAGAACAUUGGUGAAAUUGUAGGCAUAUGCCUAGGCCACAUCACCAAGGAUGGCAAGAAGGUGAAGACGGAGUCCUUCUGGCAUGUCUUGGAGGUGGUCAUCACGGAGAAAGAGCUGGGCAACACAUAUACAUUUCACUGCGACGCUCAGAUCGCCCUUGCUGCCAAAAAGGAUGCCUUCAUGACGUUUGAGUGCACCAAGUGCGUGGAGAGCUUUGCCAGCAAGGUGCGCAGCCUGGUGCCCGUCAAGUAUGAGAUCAUCAUCAUCACGGGCGACGUCAAGGCUGGUGGAACAGACGCCAACGUCUUUGUCACCAUCUACGGUGUCAAUGGAGACUCGGGCAAGCGCGCCCUCAAGCAGAAGUUCCGUAACCUUUUUGAACGCGGUCGCACAGAUCGGUUCAUACUGGAGAUGCUUGACCUUGGGGAACUGUUGAGGGUGCGUGUCGAGCAUGACAACACGGGUACGAACCCCAGCUGGUACCUUGAAUGCGUAGAGAUCACAAACACGGCCAACUGGGUGACGACUAUUUUCAUGUGUGGGAAGUGGCUGGACCACAACAAAGCUGAUGGGCAAAUUCAGAGAGUUCUGUACCCUCGGUAUUAAGGGUAAGGACACCAGCACAUAACUCUGGAUCCAACAACAAAGCUGAUGUGCAGAUUCAGAGAUAUUGAGAGAAGGGCUGAAUGCAUGGAUCAGUACAAUGUCUGUAUUGAUGAUGGACUAACGGACCUGGGGUCCGUAUCUCGAAAGCGUCUUUACUAACGACGGUAGCAACGUCCUUCGUAAGAGCGACUCAACUCUCUCGACAGCGACGCUCACCACUAAAUCCAAGGGAAUGGUGUUACGUCUUGAGACGGUUUUAAGACGGUUAGCAACGACAAGAAUCGAGAAACGGACCCCUGAUUAGGGUUAGGAGUUAGGACUGCGGCACAUGACUCUGGGUCCUGCAUAGAAACAGCACCAAGACUGCAUAAUUAUACAGUCAUAUUAUAGUCAAACUGCCAUUUUAGUGAAUAUCAUUUUUAUGUCUUUGAAGUGGCUUGACGCUGCUUUCAACUAAACAAUGGCUUUUAGUUGGAUGGUAAAACUAUUUUUUUCAUAUUUAUUUCAUAUAUUUAUAAAGGAUUUUAUACAAACUUCUUUUAUGCAAUGUAGAGGAUUUUGACUGCUGAUUUAGAUCUUAACAGCCAGUUCAAGUGAUAUUCAGUAGCCUACUCAAUAAAAAAAAUGCAACAAAAAGUCCGUCUUUACUCUUAAAGAAUGAAGAUUCGUAGCAUUCUUAGCAUUCUCGU